AUGGGAGGACUACUCCACUCCACACCACAAAUCCCGAUAAUACCCUUUCGGCCCGAGUUACUCAACAAUAUCCGAUAUGGUGUAGUGGCUAACAUCGCCGUCUCUCACACGGCAGCCGGGGGUUCGAUUCCCCCUAUCGGAGUUUACCGUGAGAUAUAUUUUUGUGUACAUUUUGUCCUGCAUAUAAAUGGGAGACUACUCCACUUCAUACCGCAGAUCCCGAUAAUAUCCUUUCGGCCCGAGUUACUCAACAAUAUCCGAUAUGGUGUAGUGGCUAACAUCGCCGUCUCUCACACGGCAGCCGGGGGUUCGAUUCCCCCUAUCGGAGUAUAUCGUGAGAUAUCUUUUUGUACGUUGCGUACACAAUGUGUCGCCUUCAUAAUAAGUGUGUGCGUAUAG